GUUGUGAGUCGUCUCGUGCAGCUCACGCGGGUCAGACGUGUCCUGACCGCUCGACGCAAUGAAGCUGCCGAUCUCGUUGGUAGUGCUAGCAGUGCUCAGCCAUGCCACUGCACAGCCCGUAGCUAAGAGCUCAGACACCAAACCCAAGGACUCCAACCAGACCGACAAGAGAGAGCUCCAGGAGGGAAACUUUGGAGAUCGGAAACCUAAGGAAAUUGCACCUAAAUUCGCUUCCAAUGAAGUGCCUGCGAAACCAGACUAUGAAAAACAACUGAAGGAGCUAAUCGCACAACAGUCGCCCGAACAACAAGUGUUCGGAGUGCGGUUGCCCCCUAUAAGCAAGAUCUCCGAUGUGCUGAGUGGACAGGGUCCCGCCUUCGAGGCAGCUCUCGCCAAACACCUCUACUCUCCAGUUUCCGUGUACCAUACCCGGCUAGGGUCACCAACAUCAUUCGAGGUGCAGGAACCAGCAGCAUCGCAGGUGGCGGCCUACCCACAAACAUAUAAAGGCCAAAAAGCAGACAACGAGAACCAGCAAAGACUGCACCCGCCACAGACAGCAGACUUUCCCAGCGUAGCUCUGUACUCUGUAAAGCAACCAAGAGUUCGUUUUGAAUCUUACCCUCCUGCAGACCCUGGAUUCCCUCGAGUGCACCCAAACUUACCGCAAGAACUUUACCAACCUCAGACAAUUCUCAAGCAACCAAUGUCUUCAAUAUUCCCGAUUUACGAUCAACUGGGCCCCAUCAGAUACCAAGGCCACGUGGUCCCAUCCCAAUAUCUUCAGCAGAAUAGAAUAUAUCAAUUCAUCCCCAUUAAUCCUGCAUAUAACUACGGUGACUCCGAUGAUACCCGAGAGAAAGAAUUCCCCAUUAAAGAAAACAGUCAAGAAUUGAAAACAGAAACUACAGAAAGAGCUCAAGUGCAGAACGAAAUAUCUACACCUAAACAGGGAUACCACGCUCAUCCAAAUGGUGCUAUUAGCUUUGCAAGUUUCUCUCAAAACAUACCAUUCCACGCGCAGUAUGAAACAGUGAUGCAGGCUCCACCAAACAAUAUACAUUAUACUCAACCUGAAGAAAUCGCUUCAGCUCAACUUGGGCAGGUAGCGGUACAACACCAGCCUGUAGCCCUUCAGCAACACCAACAUAAAUUAGUUCCAAUAAAACAACCCAGGUUCCAGUAUCCACAAAUAUUCCAUAAAAUCAUUCAAGAACCACAAAAAUAUGGCCAACCGGCAUAUCCACCGAUACAUCAGUUUAUAACCUACAAACAACAUAUUCCAAAUCAGGCAGACGUUGUGAAUGAACUUCCACAUCAUUUAAUUUUCCAAAAUCCCCGACCGGUAAGUAAAGGUCAAAUUAUUGAAAUACCUGCAUUCAAACCGUUACCUCAGUCAGUCCUUACUGCAGAGUCCUAUUUUCCACAAACAAGCUCACCGUCGCCUAAAGAUUCAGAAUCACAACCGUAUAAUUACGAUGAACAUUCCACUCCACAACCUACAAACCACAUCGACCAACCGAUAGCACCGGUAUUGCCUCAGCGGCAGCACACACCUUUACCUCCUUUGAAACCUAAUUACAACAAGUAUGUUAAACCUUUGAAGCCUACUCGUACGACGCCCAUAUUCUUACCGACAACUUUGCAACCUAUUCCAACAACCACUGAGAGCGCACAGCCCUUUACUGACCAAUUCGUUUCAUCAACAACCGAACAACCUGCGUUUAAUAAUCAAGAUGAGUCUAAAGAAAAUAUUCUGCAGUUGAAAACUAAUUCAGAAUCACGAACACCACAGCCGCUAGAAUCCGAUGAAACUCCUCUGUCUCUGCCAGCGUCAGUUUUACCUCUGACAAGACCAACAACGUACAAGCCACCAUUGCACAAUGAGUACUCUACACCACAGUCUCAACAGCGACCAACUCAAUCAGUAGGGACGCCACCACGACAUGAUGUAGUAAUUCAAAAACAGGAAAUUCAAGAAUUAUUUUUUGAUCCCUCUCCCCAACCUUCCAGCACUCCACAAUACCCUCUGCAAGAACAUGAAGAACACCAACUGCAUUCUCAAGUGCACCAUCAGAUAUUCGAACAGUUGCAACCCCCACAAUUCCAACAAGAACUUCACGAGACACACUCCCAACAAUAUCGACACGUACCUCGUCAAUCAGGCUCUCCGCAACAACAGUUCGCGUCUCAACAGAUACAACCUCAACAAUAUGUGAUCUUGCAACAAGCUUACCCUCUUCAGCGUCAUCCGGUUAAGCCCGAUCAAUUGCAGAGUCAGCAGUCCGCAGAACAGUCGCAACAACAACCGACAAUAGAACAGGCUCAGUCCCAACCUGAGCAGUACCAACAACAUAACUUAGAACCUAAAAACCAAGACCAAGUAGCCACCACCAAUCCUCUUGAAGAAUCUAAACAGUCAACAACGUCGACAGAGAAUCAACAUCAGCCAGAUUCUCAAGUCCAACAACAGGCAAAACCACAACUAACAACGGGGAAAACUGAAGAGCAGCCAGGGAAAGUAUCACAUUCUGGAAUCUCGCUACAAUCGUACCAUGGACCGGUGAUAUCAAGCAUCCAAGCGAUGUAUGCUCCACCCCAGCAGUACCUGGCUCACCCUGAGUAUGGCAUGGUGGACGUGCCAGUCUACCCCGACGUGCAAUAUUUCGGCAAGUUUGCAGAAGCACUAUUUGGGAAUCUUCAACAUUAACGUCGAAAUAUAUUGAAAUUCUUAGGUACUCUUGGUAGGUAUAUUAGACUAGGGUUAAAAUUAUUGAGAGGAGGCUCGUUGUUUAAGAAAUACCAAAAAUGACGAUUUCAAUGUUCUAGAAAUUGUAUUAAAUACUUAAUGUCAUGAAAUGUUGAAGACUUGCGUCUGUAAAUAUGAUAUUGUGUGUAGGCUAUGUACAUAAAAGGUUAGUAUUAGUAUUGUUACAUGUAGGGGAGAAUGCUUGACUGUGAUGCCAUAAUGUGUAUGUGUGUGUGUCUCAAUACACAACUGAGACUCUUAUCGCUUUCUUUAUUAAAGUUGCGUAA